AAUUUUGCAUCUCUGAAUUACUAUAUAUAUGGAUGCUCACUGAGUUGAGUUCAUCAAGCCUUCAACAUAAUAUCAUUUACUUACACAUAAUGGAGUUCUUCAAGAUUGUCUUCGCACUUUUCUCUCUUCAAGCUCUCCUAAUCGCCUCAGCAACACAGUUAGCUUCCGCGCCAACCUCAGACAUCUUCCGCGAAUACAUAGGUGCAGAGUUUAACAACAUAAGAUUCUCAGACGUACCAAUAAACCCGAAUGUUGAGUUUCAUUUCAUCCUUGCUUUUGCAAUAGACUAUACCACUUCAUCGUCUCCUUCCCCUACCAAUGGAAAAUUCAACAUAUUUUGGGACAAUGACAAUCUCAGCGCUUCUCAAGUCUCUGCAAUCAAGAACAAGCAUUCAAAUGUUAAAGUAGCACUGAGCCUAGGAGGCGAUAGUGUGGGAGAUGGAAGCGCCUACUUCAGCCCAUCUUCAGUAGAUUCAUGGGUUUCUAAUGCUGUAUCUUCGCUCACAAAUAUCAUCCAAGAAUACAACUUGGAUGGCAUUGAUAUUGAUUAUGAGCAUUUUCAUGGAGAUCCUGAAACAUUUGCAGAAUGUAUCGGACAACUUAUAAAAGCCCUUAAGAAUAACGGAGUCAUUUCAUUUGCUUCAAUAGCUCCAUUUGACGACGAUCAAGUCCAGAGUCAUUACUUGGCUCUCUGGAAGAGUUAUGGUCAUCUCAUAGACUAUGUCAACUUCCAAUUCUAUGCAUAUGAUGCAGGGACUACCGUUUCACAGUUUAUGAACUAUUUCGAGACUCAGACAGCCAACUACAAAGGUGGUAAGGUCUUGGCUAGCUUUAGUACUGAUGGAAGUGGUGGUCUGUCUCCAGAAAAUGGCUUCUUCACUGCAUGUCAUAGGCUCAAAAGCAAGAAGGAACUUCAUGGCAUCUUUAUUUGGUCUGCUGAUGAUUCGAUGUCGAGAGGAUUUCCCUAUGAGAAGCAAUCACAAGCAUUGUUAGCCAUAUCUCAUUAGUCUUGUGUUAUCCUAAAUUGCCAGCUCCAGUAUAUGUAAUUGAUCUUUUUAUAUAUAAUUAUUAUUUGUAAGAAAGUAA